UAGUUUACAUAUUAUAUAUUGAUCUCUAAUCGUUACUUCUAUUUCUUUUUCUUGGGAGACAGACACAAUUAUGGAUCAGGGAACGAAACCAGGCUAUGAACCAGAUCGGAUUCCACCAUCUGUUUUCGCAACCACAAUGACUUCUAAACAAGAAUGGAGUACUCAAUCUAACGAUUUGUUUAGUAUUCACAUGGGAGAUCAAAGUUUCACCAAAAUGUAUAAAUCUGGAGAACUCUCCAAUUUCGACUAUACUGCUACGUAUAUUAACGACAACAACAACAUUGAUAACAAGACUAAUUUGACGGAUGCUGGAACAAAAGAGGUCAACAUCCUGGAAGCGGAAACCGGACCAGAAGCCGCUAAUCGAGAUGGCCGAACCAAUGUAUCUAAACCGGAUCAACCUCGGCAACGUCAGUUAAGUCCGACCAAGUCUUAUCGCUCCGACACCAGCAAUAACAGCGCAGCUUCUUUUGCAUUUCCCAUGUAAGUAGUUGUCCAAUCUUCAGAACGGGCUACAUAGUAGGAACCAGAUUUGUUGGACCAAACCGGUUUUGAAUUAGUUAUUAGUUAAGCUCUAAUAUUUGCUUUAAUUUUGUUUCCAAAUUUAUUAUAUUUCUGUAGAUUAC